AUGACAGGAUGGAGUGGACUGUUUAUAGAAGUCCCUCUGUAUAGAUUGGCAUCCAAAGUGUGCUGUCAUCUGUGGGGACCACAGGGAUUUCUUCAGAGAGCCUGCCAGGGAGUGUGUUGUCUGCCAAGAGACUCCAGAGCAGCUGGAAUCAUGGAAGAAAAAAGGAAGAGGUUCAUCAGCCAAAUCCUUGUCCUGGGAGAAGUGCUCUGUAUGGUGGAUGUGUCCAUGUCUAUAAAGUGUGGAAUCCGUUUUUUGUUAUUUGGUGGUGCAAUCAGCAAUCUUGGAAGUCCUGAACAUGUUAUCAAGUGGUUUCGGCCACUCAAGGAGCAGAAGUAUACUGGGAUGUUUGCAAUGACUGAGAAGGGCCAUAGGAGCAACGUGAGAGGGAUCCAGACUGAGGCCACCUUUGACCGUGACAAUCAGCUUUCCCUUGAAUCUAUUUUAAUUCUGUUCCCUCCAGGUAUGAAUGGUGCGGAUAAUGGAAUUUUGAUAUUUGACAAGGUUCGGAUUCCCAGAGAGAACCUGCUGGAUAAGUUUGGUUCUGUGACUCCAGAUGGACAGUACCAUUCACCUAUUCAAAGCAAGAGCGCAAGAUUCAAUGUGAUCCUGGCAACACUGACUCCUUCAAGACUAGCAGUGACUUUCCAAGCUCUGGGCGCCAUGAAGCUUGGACUGACGAUAGCCAUCCGCUACAGCCACAGCCGAAGGCAAUUUGGGCCCAAGGACAAGGAAGAAGUGAAGAUCAUUGAGCACCAAAUGCAGGCACUCAGGCUGAUGUCUCACCUGGCCACAGUCCUUCACAAUCCAUUCUCAUCGAGGCAUGCAGACUAUAUCCUGGAUGAAGAUAUCUUCCAGGGAAGGGCGCUCACCAACAGUCGCUCGCUACAGGCACUGAUGGCUGGGCUGAAAGCCUACAGUACAUGGGAGACUGUCAGCUGCCUACAGGACUGUCGUGAAUGCACCGGAGGCAUGGGUUACAUGAUGGAAACCAGAAUCUCAGGCCUGAUAUGUGACACAGAUGUGUUUGUAACCUUUGAAGGUGACAAUGUGGUCAUGCUUCAGGUUGUGGCCCAGGAACUGCUGGCCCAGUACAGCAAGCAGCAUAAGAAAAACCCGCUCUUGGGUGUGAUCCAAAACUGGACCGCAACUGCCGGGGACAAGCUGAGAACCAGUUUCCUGGCGUUUAACACUGACACGGUAGGACGUCUUGCCUUUCUGCUGAAAGCAGUGAAUUUUUGAGAAAGGGUUCUUCAGCGGAGUUUGGUGUCCAGAAUUUACUAUAAGGUGGUGACCAAGAAGGGGGACUUCUUCAGUGCCUGGAACUCCUGUAUGCACCAUGUCACCUCAUUGUCUCUGGCACACAUUCACAGAGUUGCACUAGAGCAGUUCACGACAGCAGUGAGGCAAUGUCCCAACAGGGAGGACCAGGCUUUGCUAAUGAAGUUCUGUCUGCUGUAUGGAAUGAAGCUGGUGUUCCAGGAGCGAGGCUGGUACUUAGAACAUAAAUACCUGACCACCAAGGCCAGCAUGCUGAUCAGGGCUCAGUUGCUGAAUUUGUGCGAGUCCGUGAAGGAUGACGCCCUGAAGGUGAUCUCUGCCUUCAACAUUCCACACAUCACCAUCCGUGCACCAAUAACAGGAAUCCCCAACCCUGGGGCUGCCGAUGCCACCUACCCGGCGCCCACGCAGCCGCUCGUGCGGGAUGGGGCGCGCUCUCAACUGGCCAAGCUGUGAGCCAGGCGAGAAAUUUAGUGUCCCAUCUUCCAAGUAUUUGGCCAGAGCUGGAGCAGAGGCCAAAGUGGCAUCUGGCAGAGGAGGUCCAGCUAAGGCUGGCGAGGAGCAGGGCAAGUUGUCUGGGAGAGGGAGCCAUAGAUGGAUCACAGUGACUUAUCCUCUGGCCUUUGCCUUGACUUCUCCCAGCCAUGGCCCUGGAUCCCCAGACAAUCUCGCCCACUGCAUGGUGCCAUCAAAGAUCUCUACUGUCAGUGGUGACUCAGAUUCCCAGAGACUUCGAAAAACUCUGGCGCUGGGUUAAAAAAAAAAAUCAAAACAUAAAAAUCAAACACCCUUAGGCAAAAGGGGUGGAGGAAAGCUCCACCCUCUCCAAGCUCGGGCAAAAGUUCA